AUGGACGAUUGCUGUGGUGAUAUGUCAGAUUAUGAGAUCCUGGCAGAAAUUGGACAGGGCGCUUAUGGGAAGGUGUACAAGGCCCGAGAGAAGCGUGACCGGCAGCGCCUCGUGGCGGUGAAGAGACUCAACAUCUCUGAGGAUCCGGACACUGGCAUCCCUCAGUUCAUGAUACGAGAAGUGGCACUCCUGCGGAAAUUAGAGCACUUCAACCACCCAAACAUAGUCAAGUUGCUGAAUGUCUCGGCCGGAUGGCAAAACCAAAUCUUUGACCUGACACUGGUUUUCGAGUGUAUCGAUCAGGAUCUGUCCACAUUUCUAAGCAAAGCUUCAGAGGAAGGCCUGGCCAGGGACACAAUCAAGGACGUUAUGCGUCAGCUUCUCAGUGGACUUGACUUUCUUCACACGAACACUGUCAUUCACCGGGACCUGAAGCCAGAAAAUAUCCUGGUGAGCAGUCGAGGGGAGAUCAAGAUUGCCGAUUUCGGUCUGUCCAGGAUCUAUACGUACCAUAUCGCCCUUACCCCUUGUGUUGUUACUCUGUGGUACAGGGCUCCAGAGGUCCUGCUUCACUCCAGUUAUAUGUCUUCGGUGGAUAUUUGGAGUGCUGGUUGUAUCUUUGCAGAGCUCUUUUUGCUAAGGCCUUUGUUUUGUGGAUACACGGAGAUCCAACAGCUGCAAAAGAUAUUUGAGGUUAUCGGUGUGCCCGGUGAGGAGGACUGGCCCAUGGAAAGUGCUGUCUGCUACAGUCCUGUUUGGGCUGAGAAAAAGCCUACAACACAGAUUCUCCCUAGCCUGUCCCAUGAAGAGAAUGACUUGCUGUCUCAAUGUUUGACAUUCAGUCCAGCUCAUCGCAUCUCUGCCUACAGUGCUUUGGCCCACCCUUACCUGGCAGACCCCUAAUGCCAGCACAGAUGGAUUUAGUGGGGCGGGCCUUACCUACCCAGACAGGCUAUGAAGACGAAACUAAGGAUUUGUCUAA